GUACACUAUCAUGGAAUCAUUCACUCUCUAAGCUUGAGUACGAAAUUUUAAAUUGGUUAUUUUACGAUAUAAAAUAGACAUUUUUGUGUCGGGUGACUUUUCAAAAUUGGAAUUUCGAGGUUAUGGGUUUGUGUCAGAAGCUUGACGGUCUUUGUCAACCAAAAACCAGAAGAUGGGUUGGGAUUACUGUUGGAAUACUGGAACUAUUUUUUUUUGGAGGAUAUUACUACGGUUUCAAUUCCCUUAUACCAGCUUGGAAAUCAUUAGGGGUGUCUGCAUAUAAUUGUAGUAAUGCAACGAACACCUGUUUAUAUGAUGACUCUAUAUUUGGAAAUGGUUUUAUUGUUUGGAUUGUCACGCAAAAUUGUCUUAUUUCAUUCUCUGGUAUAUUCAUGGAUAAAGUUGGAUUAAGGGCUUUAAAGUUGGUAGCUAUAACCAUGUAUUUUGUUGGAACACUAUUAUUUGCCUUUAUUCAUAGGGAAACAGAACCAUUGUAUUAUAUUGCCGGUAUAUUGGUCGCUAUAGGAAGUACUUCAAAUCUUAUAUGCAAUCAACAUAUCACUUCGAUGUUUCCAAAAUAUCGAGGGUUCGGAAUAUCUCUUCUCUCUGGUGCUUUUGACUCUAGCACACUAAUAGCAUUUAUACUUUCUGAAACAUAUUCACAGUUUUCAUUACAGAAAUCAUUCAUUAUCCUAGCGAUUGUUUCUAUAUGUGUUGGUCUAUUCAUGGCUACAUUUAUUUUAACCACAAGAUCAGAUGACAUGAGGAAAUUUGCAAACAACUUUAGCGAUGCUGUAACAAGUGAGAAUGUUGGUGAACAGGAGAAACUGUCUCAAGGAUGCGUCAGGGAUAAUAAUGAAAACACGCCAUCAUUGGAUAAAGAGGCAAAAAAUAUUGAAGUAUCUAGAAGAAUCAAGGUGAUAAUAGACCUCCGUUAUCAAUCAAUAAAAGAUUGUAUAAUAUCGCUACCAUUCUUGCUUAUUACAAUAUGGUUUAUGCUUGGAUUAUUUCGUUUUUCAACAUUUCUUGGACAAUUACAACGUAUCAUAAACGAAUUGUUUCCAAACGACAUAAUAACCAUUGAUCAUCUAUUGCAAAUUUCAUCAGCAUUUUCAAUGUGUGGAUUUUUAGCCGCUCCAAUUACUGGUUUCAUAAUGGAUAUAUCGCAAGCCUAUUGUAGGCGAAAAAUUAUGCGGAAUGACUAUAAUAUAAAUGACCAGCAUCAUAAAAGUCAAAUUUAUUAUACAUAUAUAUUCGGUUUAGCGCCUGCACUACUUUUUAUGGCAUUUUGUGCUAUGCUCAUAAGCUGUUUAAUAUUCAUACCGAAUCGUGUGGCUUAUUAUUUUGCAUUUCUGUUUUUUGUUAUGCUACGUUCAUUGUUAUUUAGUGCAUCUGUUGGCUUUUGCUUGACUGCUUUUCCUGUACAUUACUUCGGAACAGUAUGUGGUAUAUUAAAUUCAAUCGGUGGUAUAUUCAGUCUAUUACAAUAUGCAUUUCAGUAUACAAGUAGCGCAGAAAUAGCUAAUAUUAUCAUAACUAUUUGUUCUGUUGGCUUAUUUAUACCGCCUGUUAUUCUGUUUAAAAUGAAAAGUCGGUAAAUUUAGGAGGAAAUCUCGAACAACAGACAUUAUUAUUCAGUGUAUGUAUGCUCUACUUUUUAAAAUUGAUAAUCCUCAACACAGUAUACUCUUAAUUUGUAGUUACUUGUUGUAUCUGUAUUUAAAGUGUCUCACGCAAUAAAAAACAAUGAGUUUAAAGAGUUUUUAUGUAAUUGCAUCAAGUUAUAUAUACUUUUAAUACUACACUGGCUUUGAUACUCUUUUUGGUGCUUAUCUCUUUUUUUAUCAAUAGUGGAAUUUCAAUUUUCACAUUUUCGUUUCCAUGAUUUCGCAUUAUUCUUGCCUAAUUUGUCUACAGAACGUUUUUUUUGAAAAAAAAUAAACAGGAUAAAUUUUUUCUAUUCAUAAAUGAUUUAUGCUUAAUAGAAUGGUCUAAUUUACAGUAAUUGUAUAUAUAAACAUCAUUUCACUCAGAAUGAUGUUUCAUUAAAUAUAGGCAGAAUAAAUGUACUGGAAUGUUCAUCAUACGUUAGAGUAAUUUUCUAGAUGUAUUUACAUUCUAGUGUUUAUUCUUCCACUAAGAAUCAAAUGCAUUGGUUACCUUGAUGUAAGUGCUGUAGAGGUGUCCAGUGAGAUCGUCCCAUUCGUUAAUAAAAAAUGUAAUUUUACAGUAGAGACAGUUGAAUUUUGGGUUGAAAAAUUAGCGGGUAUUUCAUCAUUUACCUAAAACACACGUAUUCUGAUCAUAACUGACAGAUAUAAUUAAUUAUACAUUUUUAAUUUCAUUUUAGCGACAAGAGGAGAUUACGACAAUCACAAUAAUUCUUAAUGCUUUUGAACACUGGUGUGAGCCAUUUAAAUAAAGUUUCCUCAAUAAUUUCCUUACGUCAAUAAUAGUUAACGAAUAGAAAUGACAGUGACAAACAUAAAACAAUCUUUUAAAGCUUAUCGAACUCUUAUGGGAGUUUUCUUAAAGUUUCAAAUACUGUUAUUUUCAGUCCUGAGACAACUAUGUCCUAAUAAUUCUCAGAAAUGUAUGUUAUAGGAAUUUAAAGUGAAGUGAAUAUUGGAGUGGGAAUUUUCCUACUACUGGUUUACUUUUAUGUAGUAAAUAAAAGUUGAAACAAUCGGUAAUUGAUAACUCUAGAUUAAUACAACCAGAUGUUUUAUGUUUAUUACAGAUUCGAUUAUCUGAUGUUGGUAAUCUGUUUAUGAGUAGAUAAAUAAAUUAAAAAUUUUAAUUUUCGCAUAAUUGCUAAUAUAUUUAUUCUACAUAAAUAUUAGUCUAAAAGUUGAAAUUUUCUAAAGUGAUACAAAACAAUUAACUUCAAAGAAAAAUGUGAAUGUUAUUAUACACAUUCGAUUAUUCUAUAUGUACUUCAAAACCGACAAUGGUUUUUGAUAAAUAUUUAUUCUAUUGAUAAGUAAAUGUUUCAUUUCAGUCAUACGAUAAAAAACAAACUUUUUGAACUAUAGUUAGUAACUGGCAUAGAAAAUUUUUCAUCCUGUGUGAUUUUAGACUGAUAAAUGUUAUUUUCAGCUUUUGACGUAUUCACAUUAAAUUAGGGGUUUUUCACUUUUAUCAUACAGCUGAAUGCCGUGCAGAAAAACAUAAUAGUUGUUUAAUUUGCUUAAAUAUUAAAGAAUUUUGUUAUCAAAUUAUAAAUGUUUAUCUAUGCCCAAAUACUUAUAUCUGUCAUCAAUUAAUGAAGUUAUUUCACCAGGUUUGCAUGGCUCCAUUUUGAAGAUAAACCAUUUUUCAAUUA